AUGCGAGAUAAUUCUAAUCAACUUAAAAGAGAAGGGAAAAAUCGAGGAGGCUUAACUUGCGGAAGAUGGAGACUGCGCUACAGCGUGAGAUGCUGGAUGAUCAAUACCGACUUCCGAGUCAAAUUCUGGACCGAAUUACAGUCAAGGGAGAUACAGACGAGCAUCAUGAAAACAGUGACGCAUACUUGCACGCCAGGAGCUACGGAUCUACCUGGAAACGAUUCAAUUGAGGAUAUCGCUGAAUCAGUGGACGAAUUACGGGAAAAAUUGGCAAACAUGAAGAGAUUGAUGGAAGAACGAAGAGGAACUACCCUGGGCGAAAUUAGUGCAAGAAAGAGAAAAGAGACCUCGGAUAUCAUAGAUGGCUACUUUUUAUCUUGGAUAUUUGGCUCAGCACUCAUCGUGAUUUUGAGUGUCAGUUUUUAUGCGUUUUACAAUCUGUACCAUGCAGUCUUAAAAAAAUUCCCAUCACAUCAUACGGAAUUGUAA